UAUAAAAACCAUUCCGAGUACCCCCCUGGCGAAGACUACGAAACUCUCGCCACUCUUCCAGCGAUAACCCCGUCGCAAAGAUUGACCCAACCAACACAACUACUUGAACACCCUUACACACGGCAAAAUAGCACUGCCCUGCCUAUUCUCCUCCCCCGCCGAGUCCAAGGCGGUUUACUUUCAUCCUUAAUCGCUCCUUCUGGGACACAAUUCAGACCUCCUGCCUCUGGUCCUACAAAACGAACACCAACAUUUGAUCUUGAGGACGGACCGACAUAUCGAGGUGGAUCCUCAGACGAAGAAGAUCUACAAAACACAGAUAUAAAACCAUCUUUGUUUGCGAAAACCAUUCGGAGCCCCGAAAAAGAAAAGAUCAUGGAGUCUCCCGUCCGCCCUGACACCGGGCCAAUGGAUCGCUUCCGAGAGAUUACAGCCUCUGCAAUGUACGAUCCGAACAAUCCUGGAACCGCAAUCAAGCGGACUGCAGAUGAAAUGAGUCCGCCGGAACCCAAGGGAGUUGCCUUGAAAAAAGUGCGCCAAGAUGCGCCAUCUCACGCACAGCCUGUGGGAGUUCCAGACAUCCAGCUUCAUGAAAUCAACGACUUCAGACUCCGCGUCAAGGUUGAGCGCAUUCUCAAAGUCAUGCCGCAUAUGACUGUUAGAGCCUGUAUGGACGCCAUGUUGAAAGCAAAGGGCAACUACGACGACGCCCUCCAAAAUCUUGCAAAAAUGGAUGCUGCUGAACAGGAGAAUGGUCCCGUGGUGAUUCAAUCCUCCGAUGAUGAAUUGAGCGCCUCCCCGGCUGCGGGCCCGGUCCCCAUGGCCAAGCAGAACAUCAAAGCCCGUGGCACCAUUCAGGACAAGUGGGCAGCAAUGAAGCAGCCCAAGGGCCAGGAUUCCGAUGACGAAGGAAAGCCUCGUCGCCGACUGAUUCGUGGACCCAAGUCUGGAGGCUCUUCCCGUGCUGUUUCGCCUGUUCGUUCUAUCACCAUCGACGGGGACAGUCCCCCGAAAAAGAAGCUGGGACGGCUCCAGAAGGGUCGCAAAGCUCCUUCACCUGACCGAUCUGAGUCCCCCGAGGCUAUGAUGAGUGAUUCGGACGAUUCUAAUAUUGAGAUCCAAGAAUCCACCGCUGGCGGUUUGGAUUCCAAGGUUUUGAAAUUCCUCAAAACAUGCAGUGUUCAGGAUCUCGCUGAUCUCGCUUCUAUCCCCCAAGAAACUGCUCAAAUUAUCAUUUCGAACCGUCCAUACGAGACCCUCGAUGCGGUGCGUGUUGUCUCUGCUCCAGUUGCAGAGACUGUGAAGCCCAAGGGCAAGAGAGGAGGCAAGGCCCCCAAGCCCAUCGGUGACAAGAUUGUCGACAAGUGUAUUGAUAUGUGGACUGGAUACACGGCCAUUGACACUCUUGUUACCGAGGUUGCGGCACUUGGUAAACCAGUUGCUGAUGAGAUGAAGAAAUGGGGCGUCGACACCUUCGGGAAAAAGGGAGACUUGGAAAUCACCAACCUUGCUCCUGCUCCUGCCCCUGCCAAACCAGAGCACGACUCUGGCAUUGCUACUCCUGCGACUGAACACCAAUCUUCCGGAAGUGACGAAGAAAGCGGAAAACUGGUUGUUUCCAAGCGCAAAUCACGUUUUAUCUCGCAGCCCGCUAUCAUGGCCGACGACCUGGUCAUGAAGGAUUAUCAAAUUGUGGGCAUCAACUGGCUCGCAUUGCUAUUCGAAAAGAAACUCAGCUGCAUCCUGGCCGAUGACAUGGGCCUGGGCAAGACUUGCCAGGUCAUUGGAUUCCUCGCGCAUCUGUUCGAGAAGGGCAUCAAGGGCCCUCAUCUGAUUGUUGUCCCUUCUUCCACCAUUGAGAACUGGCUUCGCGAAUUCCAGAAGUUCUGUCCAGUCUUGAACGUCAUGCCAUACUAUGCUGGUCUCAACGAGCGUGCGCUUAUCCGGGAGGAGAUCGAGGAACGACGUGACGAGAUCAACGUUGUGAUCACCACCUACACGAUUGCCAAGGCGAAGCUUGAUGCCAAGUUCUUGCGUGACAUGGAUUUCACUGUUUGUGUCUACGACGAAGGCCACAUGCUCAAGAACCAUCAAUCUCAGCUUUACGAAAAGUUGAUUCGAAUUCGGGCGCGUUUCCGUCUGCUUCUCACCGGUACUCCUCUCCAGAACAACUUGCAGGAGCUGGCAUCUCUUCUCGGCUUUAUUCUUCCCUCGGUCUUCCAGGAUCACAAAGAUGAUCUUCAUGCUGUCUUCUCCAACAAGGCAAAGACCACCGACGAGUCCCAUGCUACCCUCCUAUCCCAGCAGCGCAUUGAGCGCGCGAAGUCGAUGAUGAAGCCCUUUAUCCUCCGACGAAAGAAGCAUCAGGUCAUUGAUCUUCCAGCCAAGCACUCCCAUGUCGGUUGGUGUCAAAUGAAGCCUUCUCAGGUCAAGAUUUACGCCCAUGAAAAAGAGCAAGUGCGCCAGCUGAUGGAAGAUCGUGCCGCUGGAAAGAAGACUGGUUCGAAGUCCGCCAACAUUCUGAUGAAGUUGCGCCAGGCUGCUAUUCACCCUCUCCUUGCUCGUCGCCAUUACACAAAUGAGAUUCUGCAGAAGAUGGCUAAGGCCUGUUUGAAGGAAGACAAGUGGUCGCUAUCCGACCCCAAGAUCAUUUUCGAGGAACUCAAGGCGUACAACGAUUUCGAGUGCCACCACAUGUGUGUGGAAAACCCCCAAUCCCUUGGCAAGUUCAAGCUGAAGAGCAACGAAUGGAUGGACUCCGGCAAGGUGGAGCACCUCAAAGAGCUUCUCACCCGUUUCAUCGACAAUGGCGACCGCACUCUCAUAUUCUCUCAGUUUACAAUGGUCAUGGACAUUCUUGAGCACGUCUUGGAGACACUGAAAAUCGAGUUCGUCCGCCUGGAUGGUCGCACCAACGUCGAGGACCGCCAAUCCAUUCUCGACGCCUUCCACGACCGCACCGAGAUCCCCGUUUUCCUUCUGUCCACCAAGGCCGGUGGUGCCGGUAUCAACUUGGCCUGUGCCAACCGCGUGGUCAUCUUCGACUCUUCCUUCAACCCACAGGAAGAUGUGCAGGCUGAAAACCGUGCCCACCGAGUCGGCCAGAACCGCGAGGUCGAAGUCUACCGUCUGGUGACCCAGAAAACCAUUGAGGAACAGAUCUACGCACUAGGCCAGACCAAGCUGGCACUUGAUCAGGCCGUUGCUGCGGACGAGGAAGCUAGCACGAAGAAGGGUGAGGAGGCUGGCAUGAAGGUCGUCGAGGAAAUGAUCAUGGCUGAGAUCGAAGCGGAGACAAAGAAGUGA